UCUCAAUCGACGUUUAGUCUGCGUAAAACUCUCGCGCAGACAGGUUGGAUUGUUUGGACAAGGACAUUAUUAUAUAAAUAUAAUUAAAAUUUAAUUUUAUUUAUCUUAUUGUAGAUAUAUUUACAUAAGUAUUAUUUUGAAACAGAUAAGUGAAUCGGAUAAUCUAUUGUGAAGAAAUAUUGUUGUGACAAUUUUGUUUUUUUUAAACAUUAAUAACCACGAUGGCGGUGGUACAGCAAGCGAUGCAAGGAUAUCAUUAUGUAUUUGACGAAUUAUCUGACUCUCGGACGAAAGACUGGUGGCUAGUAUCCGGCCCUGGUCCCCUUCUCACAAUACUAGCGACGUACCUCUACUUCUGCACAAAGGCCGGACCACGAUACAUGAAGGACAAAAAGCCCUACAACUUGAAACAAGUUGUGAUGGUCUACAAUAUUUGUCAGAUCAUUCUUAGCAUGUUCCUGUCAGUUAUUGGCAUCACUUUUUUCCUUACGGAGAAAUACGAGAACAAAUGUUAUUCAGUGGAUUACUCGGAGAGCCCUAGAGCGAUGCUGUGGGCUACCGGUGCUUGGUGGUUCUUCUUCGCCAAGAUCACGGAACUUAUGGAUACAGUCUUCUUCGUGCUUCGAAAGAAGGACAGACAGAUCUCCUUUCUUCAUCUUUACCAUCACACCGUAAUGCCGAUCGUUGGAUGGAUGGGUGUCAAGUAUGCAGCAGGAGGGCAAGCUAUUGCUGAGGGUUGUAUCAACGCAUUUAUCCACGUCGUUAUGUAUACUUACUACCUCAUCUCCGGUCUGGGACCUGAGUACCAGAAGUACCUGUGGUGGAAGAAGCACCUCACUACUAUGCAGCUGGGCGAGAGAAGUCGUGUGAGAUUUCCCCCGUCAUCAGCCUAUAAGUGCCCCAAAGGCCUCUUCUCAUACGGAGAAGAUCCUAGAACAAAAGAAUGGUUCUUAAUUGCCAAACCCUAUCAAACGCUAGCAGUACUCGGCCUAUACUUGAUGUUCGUCCUAGAAUGGGGUCCAAAGUUCAUGAAGAAUCGUCAACCUUUUAACUUGGAUAAGGUCCUAAUUGCGUAUAACUCAUUUCAAGUUCUAGCUUGUGCAUAUGUUUUUAUUAGGUCGUUGCAAGUAGCAUGGCUAUGGGACUACAAAUGGAUAUGUGAACCGGUCGACUACUCAAAUUCACCACAAGCGAUGGAAAUAGCGAAUAUUUGUUAUUACUACUUUUCAUUAAAAAUUAUUGAUCUGCUUGACACAGUAUUUUUCGUCCUUCGUAAGAAAAACAACCAAGUGUCCUUCCUUCACAUAUAUCAUCACACUGGCAUGUGCUUGCUAGUGUGGGGCGCAGUCACCUAUUUACCAGGUGGGCAUGGAACGCUGAUCGGUGUCAUCAAUUCCUUUGUUCACGUCGUAAUGUAUGCCUACUACUUACUGUCUGUCGUCAUGCCCAGCGUCAAGAACUCUCUUCGAGUUAAGAAACACGUCACCCAGUUGCAAAUUCUCCAAUUCUUCUGGUGUGUCGUUCAUAUGGCGAUUAUAGUCUUCAAAAGUGACUGCGCAUACCCUAGGUGGACAAGUGCAAUGUUUUUACCACAAAACUUAUUCAUGCUUGUCCUUUUUGUCGAUUUCUACAUCAAAACCUACAUAAUUAAACCGAGACAACAAAUGAAAGCAAACCUGGAAACUACCACAGUCGAUCAAAAUAACAACAAUCUUCCCAAAAAUGGCGCCGUGAAAGCAGCAAAUGGCAUGAAUAAAAUGAAUGGAUUAAAUGAAGAGAAAAUUUAUGUGAAAAAUGAUUUAAAUAAGGCAGUAAAUGAGAAUGGCAAUAAUGGAACACCUUACAAUGGAUUUUGUGGAAAUGUAAACAUUUUUGAAAAUGGAACGGAAAAAUCCAACUGUGGCAAUGGCAAUUGUAGAGUGAAUUGCCAUAAGAAUUUUAAAGGGGAAUAA